AUGAAGCCUCUCUCUGCCCAGGGAGCUGCACAUCUGAGCCCUGAAAAUAUGAGUUACAAGGGAUCUUGGGCACAGCUGAAUGGCUCUGAGCAGUUGACCUCAUUGGGUUUCCAGCCUGGGAAGGGCUGACAGGAUCCAGCACUUUUCUCUAGGGUCAGGAAAGGGCAGAGGUUUGCAGUUAGGCAUCACUGGGUUCUGGGCCUCCAAGGCCCCCUCCUCCCACUUUGCAGAGAAAAGAGGAGGUGGCUGAAAAGAGGAGGAUAUGAGAUUGGUGCUCUGCUCCUCCCUCUCUCUCCCUGCUUUUCCCCACAACCAUCCUCUCCCCCACAGCAGCCAUCUCCCCCACAGAGACUUGGAAGAUGAGGGGGGCGGAGUUGGGGACUGAGGGAUCAGAAGCCCCACAGUGCCCUGUAUCUGAAGGAAGCUCUGGCCAGGGGCAGCUGUGUUGGCUCAUGCUCCCCUCCUCCUGCUGCUGCCUCCUUCAGCAUGAUGCUGGGGACUCCGGGGCUUUGGGCACUGCUUCCUGCAGCUGUGCAAGGUAAGUGUCUACAGGGAGGGGCAUGGUCUUUCCACCUACCUAUUGAGGGAAAGGGGCACUUGAAACAGCAGCCACCCCUCUGGAAGAGUGGUGAGUAGGGUGGGUGAAUGUGGGCAAAGGAUAGAGCCAUGUGUCCCCAUGGUGGGGGUCAGGUUCCAGGCCUCUGCUGACCCUGUUUCCUCCUGUGGUUUAUGAUUCUGGCCCUGGGAUAUGAAACAUGUUUUGUCUCUCUUUUUGGCUGCUAUUUUUCCCCUGCAUUCACUCCCAUCUUGAACCCUCCCCUCUUCCCACCCUUGGCCACAGCACCCACAGGCAGGCGGACCUGUGUGUUCUUUGAGGCCCCCGGAGUGCGGGGAAGCACAAAGACACUGGGGAAGCUGCUAGAUGCAGGACCAGGGCCCCCCAGGGUUAUCCGCUGCCUCUACAGCCGCUGCUGCUUUGGGAUCUGGAACUUGACCCAAGACCGGGCACAGGUGGAGAUGCAAGGAUGCCGAGACAGUGAUGAGCCAGGCUGUGAGUCCCCACACUGUGACCCAAGCCCCCGAGCCCGCCCCAGCCCCAGCUCCACUCUCUUCACCUGCUCCUGUGGCACUGACUUCUGCAAUGCCAAUUAUAGCCAUCUGCCUCCUCCAGGGAGCCCUGGGACUCUUGGCUCCCAGGGUCCCCAGGCCAUCCCAGGUGAGUCCAUCUGGAUGGCGCUGGUGCUGCUGGGGCUGCUCCUCCUCCUCCUCCUGCUGCUGCUGGGCAGCAUCAUCUUGGUGCUGCUACAGCGAAAGGCCUGCAGAGUGCGAGGUGGGCCAGAGCCAGAGCCAGAGCCAGAGCCAGACUCAGGCAGAGACUGGAGUGCAGAGCUGCCUGAGCUGCCCGAGCUGUGCUUUUCCCAGGUGAUCCGGGAAGGAGGUCACGCGGUGGUAUGGGCUGGGCAGCUGCAAGGAGAGCUGGUAGCCAUCAAGGCCUUCCCCCUGAGGGCUGUGGCCCAGUUCCAAGCUGAGAGAGCAUUGUACGAGCUGCCAGGCCUACAGCACGACCACAUUGUCCGCUUUAUCACUGCCAGCAGGGGGGGCCCUGGCCCCCUGCCCUGUGGGCCCCUGCUGGUGCUGGAACUGCACCCCAAGGGCUCCCUCUGCCACUACUUGACCCAGCACACCAGUGACUGGGGAAGUUCCCUGAGGAUGGCACUGUCCCUGGCACAGGGCCUGGCGUUUCUCCACGAGGAGCGCUGGCAGGAUGGCCAAUAUAAACCAGGUAUUGCCCACCGAGAUCUGAGCAGCCAGAAUGUGCUCAUUCGGCAGGAUGGGUCAUGUGCUAUUGGAGACCUGGGCCUCGCCUUAGUGCUCCCUGGCCUCGCUCAGCCCCCUGCCUGGGCCCCUACUCAACCCCGAGGCCCAGCUGCCAUAAUGGAGGCUGGCACCCAGAGGUACAUGGCACCGGAGCUCUUAGACAAGACUUUGGACCUACAGGACUGGGGCAUGGCCCUCCGGCGAGCCGAUGUUUAUUCUCUGGCUCUGCUCCUGUGGGAGAUCCUGAGCCGCUGCCCAGAUUUAUGGCCUGACAGUACACCACCACCCUUCCAACUGGCCUAUGAGGCGGAACUGGGUAGCACCCCCACCACCUGUGAGCUGUGGACCUUGGCAGUGGAAGAGAGAAGGCGCCCCUACAUCCCAUCCACCUGGCACUGCAUCUCCACAGACCCUGGUGGCCUGAGAGAGCUCCUAGAGGACUGUUGGGAUGCAGACCCAGAAGCACGGCUGACAGCUGAGUGUGUGCAGCAGCGCCUGGCUGCCCUGGCCCAGCCUCAGGAGGCCCACCCCUUCCCAGACGGCUGUCCACACAGCUGCCCACCUCUCUGCCCAGAAGACUGUGUUUCAACUCCUCCCCAUGCCAUUCUCGCUUGUAGGCUUCAGCUGAGUGUCUACCACGUCAGCGUUCAGCAAUGCCCUUGUUCCAGGAAUCCUCAACCUGCCUGUACCAUUUCUCAUGUGUAAAUAUGCAGUUUAUGUGUCAUCCACCUACGUGCAAAUAUAAAUAUGGUAAUCAUAUGCCCAUCUGCUCUGCCUCACCUCUGCCUUUCCUACUUGCCAAAUGCUUGGAUCCUUCUCUGGACAUCCAGUCCACUGCAGUUCUGACCAGUAACUGGGGGUAGGCGUGCAUAGGAAAGAGACAAAGUCAGCUUUCCUGACUCCACGUCCUUGGGCCUUCCUCCCUUCCUGUGAUCCUGGGCCUGUCUCUCUUCUUUUCCUUCUCCUCUACAAGCCUUUAUUUGAUGGGAUCUCAUGCUGGGCACUGGAGAAAGAAGGAUGAAUACAAUGAAAUUGCUGCUUUGAAGGUGCUCAGAGAACUACAGCUCACUUUGUUGGGAUCCUGG